GUCAACUUCCUACUCUCUCCUCCCCUCCCAAAAGUUGCCUCGUGUCACUCUGAUGCAUCCUCUCACAAAUAUCUUCUUGGCAUCUCCCCUGUGUUCUUUCCUUUCCUUUCCUCUCUCUUUCUCUCUUUCUCUCGUUCCCUGCUUUUAGUUUUACUCUCUUUGCUAAUCUUUCUUUGAGUUCGUUUUUCUUCCAUCGAAGAGGAAGCUUUCUUGUUAGAAUGAAGGCAACAAGGAGCAGGGCGGCUGCAAGGAAGGACAACAAGGAAACAGUAAAACCUGUUGAGGACAGGACUGUUGGAAAGCGAAAGGCAGCACUCCGGGCUGAUAAGAGUAGUAAAAAACGCACAAAGAAUGUGAAACCAGCUAAGAAAGACCCUAACAAACCCAAGAGACCUGCCACUGCUUUCUUUGUUUUUCUAGAAGAGUUCAGAAAGAUUUACAAACAAGAGCAUCCAAAAGUGAAAGCUGUCUCAGCUGUGGGCAAAGCCGGGGGAGAGAAGUGGAAGUCCCUGUCUGAUGCAGAGAAAGCUCCAUAUGAAGCGAAAGCAGCAAAAAGGAAAUCAGAAUAUGAGAAGCUCAUGGCAGCCUACAACAAGAAACAGGAAAGUACUGAUGAUGAGGAAGGAGCAGAGUCUGAAACAUCGAAAUCCCAGGUGAAUGACAAAGAUGACGCAGAUAGUGAGGAGGAGGAAGAAGAAGAUGAGGAUGAUGAUUGAAUCUUGCGUCGUUUCUGAUCCAGUCCUGUAAAUGAACAAUGUUAAAAAUUCUGGCUAGUAACUUUUGAUGAUAGUUUGUUUGCGUUAUAUGUCAUGUGUGGUUGGUUUUUCGAGGAGAAAGAAAACGCAGCUCCUCCAUUGCUAUUAGUCCUGUAAGCUAACUCCUGUAUUCAGUCAGCGUACAUAUGCUACCUCAUUAUCUCUGUGAAUAUAUCUAUAUCCGAGUUGUGUACUUCA